GCACAAUUUAGUGCUUUGUUGAUUAUCAAUGGUUCGGUGGUAGAACAUUGAGGCCGUGGGCCGAUUCAGAACACAUUCCAUUCUGUCGAAUUCUAUGCAAUAAUGACAUAUUUCUUCCUCAAUACUAACACCUGGCUUAUCGCGUUAUCGAUUUCUUACGUGGGCAUGUGUCAUAGUCCAUACCCAGAGGCAUACCCACGGGGCUACCUUAUCCAGUGGACACCCAAAAACAUAAGUGCCAUAAACAGAUUUUCAGAUAAGAGAAAAAUUGCCCCGGAAAAUAUUGCAGAAAGCCGGCUAUGAUUAUUACAACGGGUCACGUGGCUACUCAACAGAGAGUUGGAUUAAAGGGGUGUUAAAUUGCCGAUAUAUUUGCUGGUCAUACGUAAAGCUGUGCAAUCAUUCAUUAGAUUUUGCAGUUUGGAUUAAGGAGAUCGAUUGUGUGUAGAAGAGCAUUAAAUCCAUUUGUCGACAUCUCCAACUGUUAUUUGAAUCUUUCACAUAAAGGAUGGCGAUGGUAACGCACAAUGGACAAACUAUCGGCAUAGCGGAAUACGUCUCUCUUAUUAUUGAAACGGCGAGGAAAAUAAUCGAAAAGGAACAACGAGAAAAGGCGAUUUUGGAUAAAAGUGGACUUUCACUAGCCAGCGCGGACGCUCCAGAAGACAGGUCCACUAGCAUCGAAUCAGAAAUACCAAAAGAAAUGGAAGAAACUACGCCAAACUCCUUAGACACAAAUUCAGUGAUGUUACGUUUGCCGGAUGGAACUCUUCAAUCAAUGGAAGAUUACAUCAUCGGAAUUAUAAAAGAUGCCAGUAGUCAGUUAGAAAAUGAGCGCCAAAAUGCAAGCACCUCAGCAGACGACACUCUAGAUCAAUCAGCAGCAGAUGAAAACCUACAGACACCUUCCAAAACUGCAACUAACAAUACAUGUGAAAAAGACUCCACACUAAAGGCAGCAACACCCAAAACAUCUAGUCAAAGAUCAGGCGCUGUAUCAAAAGUCCUCAGUCGGAUCUUUAAGCGAAGUAAAACAAAAGAAAAGGAGAAAGCAAACGAGGGAAUUAUCAAUGGAUUUGACGAUUCCCGGGCACCAGACAGAGCCACAGAAGAAAAGAAGUCCCCCUCCAAAUCUGAACCGUGUUCAUACAACAGUGUUCACAGUGACGAAAUCACUGCCCAUACUCAGACAGAAAACCAUGAAUCUCCAAACAAAGACAAUAAACAAAUUCCCAAAGGAAAAGGCAAACUCAAAAAGAAGAACUCGCUCAGGAACAUGCUGUCCUGCUUCUCUUCCAAGGCGACUCAGGCAGACUGAUCUGAUUCCUGCCAACUCUUGAUUGUCUGGAUAAAAUCUCAAAUUGAAAUCGGUCUAAAAAUCUCACGUAUGACUUGAUAACAAAUCAGAUGGGUAUCAAAAUCAACUACUUUGGAUUCUGAAACCUGCAAUAUUUAACUAUCGUGGAGAAUAUUUGAAAUUCUUACGAUUGAUUUUCAAAUACUCGUACAAGAAAUGGGAUACUUUUCUGUGAAUAUACAUGUUUUUGUGCCAUUUGGAAUGGAUUAGUUACCAUAGUUACCUGUAAACGUGGCAUGAAUCCUCAGAAUGUUUCCUACGGAAUGGACUUCAGAAAAUGAAAAUUGGUGAGGCCAAAUAAAAAAAUAUGUGUGGUUCCAGUUACCCAAUCAUCCCUAGUUUUUACCCUUGACCCUAAACUUUUUUUGACUAUUUCCAAAAUCAAUUGCCGUGUUUUGCCAAAUAUAAUGCACACUUUUUUCAAGAUUUUCUUCUAUGAGAAGGGAUGCAUAAUAUAUACCACUAUACAUAUAGGUUUUUGACCCGUUUUCAUUCAUAGCCAAUAUAUAGAUACCACUAAAAUGCUAAGCUGUAAACACUUACUACAGGCCAUCUAACAUUAGACAGGGUGACUUAGAACUAAAGAGUGCUUACAUAAACAACAGUGCAAAUUUCAGGUUGUUUGAAUAUACUGAGCAAUCACCCUCCCAUCGUUGGUUACCCACGGGUGCUUCUAUUCGAUUAUCUCCAUCAUCAUAUGAGGGAGUGUGAGUGGACUCAAAACCGUGGUUUGCAACGAUGUCACCCUCCUUAUUUUUGAAAAAGUUGGAUAGAUUUGAAAACUUGGAAGGGCUUGAAAACAGUACUCUGGUUGAAAUAUCAUUUCCUACUUUCAUGUUUAAAAACAUGAAUUUGGCAAUUGCACUGAUUUUUUCUCUCUAAUUUUUUUAUUUGAAAUAUAUAUAUAAGAAUUGUCAAAACUAGGGUGAUCCCUACCAAUUUUGAUAGGUAUAUAUAUCACACCAUAUAUAAAUGGUACAUACAAAGAGGUGAAAGUAAAAGAAAAUUGUGUUUCCAUCUAAAAUCUAUCAUUAAAAAAAUAAAUUAAAAAAUAAAAUAAAACCCUUACCUACCUACCCUAUUUUUCAUGGGAGUGUAACCGGAAUCACACACAUUAUUUUAUUUGGCAUGACCAAAAAAUAUGAAAAAUUGUACAUUGCAUAGUGAAAGUUCGUUCUUACUAUUGAACAGAAUGUUACCAUUGCACUUGGCCAAUUUCAGCUGGAUUACAGUUCCGAGGAUUUCAGAAAUCCACAAGGCCAUUUCCUCAUUCAGAUGUAUUGUGAUAUGACUAUACAUGCAUCGUAACGAAUUAUUGUUAGUGGUCAUAUAACAAUUUAUAUUAUUGUGAAUUUGCGAAAUGACAAAUGUUAGAUCAUAGUCGAAUAUGACGAAAUGUAAAUUGUGUCAAGUUUAGACAAUAUUUAAUUAUAAAAGCUGACAAUUUAUAAAUAGCAAUACAUGUACUGAAUUGAAUACAACUGUCAUUUUUUUCUUCCAAUUUUGAUUUUCGUGUAAAUAGAUUUAUUUAAGGGUCGUGUAGGAAUUCCUCAUUGCCAAACUGUGAAGGCCUGUGUAAUUGGGAGCAUGUAUGUUUAAAAGUAUGGAAGCCGAACUCUGUAAAAACUGUAUGUUUUAUUUUUUAUAUCGAUGUGAAAAAUGAACACUUAAUGUGCAUAACAUUGUUGAAUAUCUGACAUUUUCACAAGUUGAUAUAAUAAUAAUUGACUGUUGUCAAUUUCUCUACUGUUUUGUUUUCAUGUUUUAUCUACAGAAAGACUUUCUGCCUGGGUGCUUUUAUUCGAUGUGCAUGGAUAGUUUAUGUGGUUCCUAAGCAAAGUUUGCAUCCAGCUCAUGCAUGAUCAUUAUUAAACCAUGGAGUGAAUGUAUUGCAUUUAAUUGAUAAAAAAACCCACCCAUCUACAAUGUAUGUCUUAUUCAAGUUUGCAGAUAAGAAAUAUCUUUAUUGCGAAUUUGUAGGAGAAAGGGGUUAAAGAUAUUUAAAAAUCUGUUUGAAAUUGCAUUUCUCAAUCUCAUUCAGUAAAAGUUUGUUCAGAUCAAUUGUGUUAUUUACAUAUACCAUACUGUCUUUGUUUGCCCACUGCUUUUCAGGUCAUUUACAAUACUGCAAAUUUACAAAUACGAAAAUGUCAGUUGCAAUAAAUAUAUUAUUUGUACUUUUGAAUUUAAACAUUGGAAUUAAAGGUCUGAAAGUUC